AUCACGGGCCGAGCUAAACAAACUGAUGAAGUGUCCACCCGGUGACAAUGGCGGUGUUUCACGAUGAGGUGGAGAUCGAGGACUUUCAAUAUGACGAGGACUCGGAGACAUAUUUCUACCCCUGCCCCUGUGGGGAUAACUUCUCCAUCACCAAGGAAGAUUUGGAGAAUGGAGAAGAUGUGGCAACGUGUCCUAGCUGCUCUCUCAUUAUAAAAGUGAUUUAUGACAAAGAUCAGUUUAUGUGUGGAGAGACAGUUCCAGCACCUUCAGGCAACAAAGAGUUAGUUAAAUGCUGAGGAAGCCCCCGGGAACCCAAAUCCUGAGCAGCAGGGAAGGAGCCCAGGUGGAUGGAGCAAGUGCUGAGUAGACAACCUCUUCACAGGACAGCUGUCUGUGGCUGGCUCUUCCAUGUGGAUCUUCAUCAGCUGCUGAAUUCAUCAUAAACACAUGAGCCUGUGACAUGUCAGACCUGGAUUUCCUGUUCCCAUGGAAUUGGAAGGAUUCCUAAUUGUCCAUCUGAAUUUGAAGGAAGAUCCUUAUAAACUGGUGCUUUUCCUUUCUCUCAGUUGCAUCAUUUCAGUAUCUUAAAACUAAUUCAUUUUCUGAAAACA